UAUAACGCAAUGGGUGAAUGAUGCGUGAAGAUAAGAUCUUUAUUUAUGAAUGAAGUACUCUUGUUUUAAAAGCUCAUUGCUCAGCUUUCCAUUGAUAUGACAUCCCCUGAACACUUUAAAAUACUCAUGAUAACUUUUGACAACUCUAACCUGUCAAACCUGUGCUGUUGGAGCAGAUGCUCCGUUUGGCCGAUGACAGGUGGAUCUGACGUCCCAUCUCAACUACAUGUGACGCGACGCACAUGCGAUUUCCGCGUUUGCGGGAUAGAGUGUCGUUUAGAAACGUCGUUUAGAAAUGCACGCGUGUUUCACGUCGCGUGCAUGUUGACAGAGUGAAAGACAAAAUAUGAGUAAAAACUAAUUUAAGGGAAAGGUUUAAAGGAAAAGAUUAACGGAUUUUUAUGACACUAACUUCCAUCCGAUGACCAGUGGAGUUGUGAUGCUGAAAGGAGGAUAUCUACAUCACGAUUAUCCGCAUGCAGAUUAUGAUACAAAUUCUUGAAGAUCUGGAAGAUCUCUGGAAACAGAAGGGAAUGCACUGGAAGAGUGAUGAACAGACAGAUUCAGCACAGUGGAACUCACUUAUGACAGCAGCGAGAGAAAAACUAUAAAGUGAAAGUGAAAACAAAGUUGUAAACCCAUGGUGCUCGCCUGCGCAUGCUCGUGGAGCUGGUGUUCAUCUAAAGAAAACACAAUAAAUACACAAUAAUCGAUCGAUCGAUUCAGCGCGAGACCUGCAGACAGGAUGGACACGCGCACAGAUGGGGGUAAAACGAAAGAGAAACGACCCAUCCACAGGAGGAGGAGUCCUUCACGGUACACCUGCCCUUAUCGACCAAGGUUUGGGGGGAAAUACUUUCGUCCACGGUUUUUCAGGAGUGUGGAUGAGCGCUCUUUGCGACGUCCAGGUUUUGUGUUGAGGUAUCAGAGGUAUCACACAGGCCAGCACUCCAGACUUCAGCUGAGCAGAGAGCACAACCCAAAACUGCUGCCGAAGCCCAGAGGCUCAUCCUCGUCCAGUCAGCAGUCUAACAGAGACAAGAACUCUUCCACAGCUGCCAGAGAACACAGUGAACACAACAGCACAGAUGUUCCUCGGCCCUCCUCUGCAGACAGACCAUCACUGUCGUUUACUGUAUCACAAGAAGGUCAGGCCAGAGACGCUCUCCCAUCUCUGACACGUGCAGCGGCUCGAAACAGAGCCAUACAGAGAAAACGGGAGCAGAUAGAAGAGGUGUACCGACAGGACUGUGAUACAUUUGGAAUGGUUGUGAAGAUGUUAGUGGCCAAGGAUCCAUCCUUGGAGAGGCCAAUUCAGCCGUCUCUGAGCGAAAACUUGAGGGACAUUGGCUUGCGUUGCGUCGAAGCCAUGGAGGAUUUUAUUCAAGAGUAUGACUGCAGAGAGCCAUCCAUCAAUCCAUUAACCUCAAAAGUACACUCCAUCUAGUGAUGAGUGCAAAACUUUUUAAGGACUUGGGUUCACUUCACUGUCAUGUUUUAGGGUUAGGUUAGAUCAGUAACUUGGCAGGUAAGUAUAUCUGCGGGAAAUGUAAGUGUAGAGUAGUUCUAGCGGGAAGACUCACAGCUGUACAUCGUUACUCCACUCUGUUAUAGGUUACAGGUUACACCAAGCCAAUCAUGCAUCAGCCAUCGCUUUAUAAGUCUGCUCACAAUCUAUCACAAUGCUGUUUCAAUGUGCCAACACGGCAACCUCCACCACCCCACCACCACCAGUUGAGUCCCGUCCUGCACAUGGGUAGGCUUCUCUCCCCCUGCCUCCUAUCUUUGAUAUGACGGUUCUGAGUACAACUUCUUCAGACCGAAGAAAAGAAAAGAAAAAUGAACUGCCUUUAAGCUAUUCGGUAUAAUGAACACUGUUAGUUGAAGGUAUAACUUUAUCUGUGUACCCUGCAAUGUCAGAUACUCUCAGAAUUGUAAAUAAUGUCUAACUUGAUUUAUGUUGUUUUUUUCUUUGAAUAGUAAUUUGCAGAUGUUGUCUUAUGGGAGUAUAAUAUUAAUCUUCUCUGGAACUCUUGAGGAGUUUAAUUUUAUGCAGUGCUGAUGUUCUGAGUUGAAUUGCUUAGAUUUGGAUUUUAAAAUACACUGAAAUUCAAGCUAAAACAUGAACCAAGAAAAAAAAAAGGAUAAUGAGAACUUAUCUCAUUCAGUUACAUUAUGGCAUGUUUAAUAUUUAUAUUUUAAUAUUAUAGAAUGGUUAGGCUUUAUAAUGAUUUUCAUAAACAUUAAUAUUACAUAAUAUAAUGCAUAGCUGAUCUUAUUCAUAUUUAAUUGGACAUCACCUAUCGAUCAGUUAAGCAGACAGUAUAUACUAUUUGUGAAUAACAUAUUAAAAGAAGUUAUUAUGCUAACUAAGACAUACUAUAAAGCUUAUAAAUAUAUUACUGUACCUGUUUACACAUUUAAUGUCUGCUGGCAGGUUUUUUUUCAGCAAGUUUCAGCUAAAGAUAGUAUGUAUAGCAUGUUAUGAAGUUAACAAGCCUCUGGAAGUCAGAUCAAAUAAUAAUAAUGCAUGUCAUUGUAUAUAAACUUCAAACACUUGUGACAUGAUUUGAAUUAUUGUUCAGUGAAGUGAUUGGCUUAUUUGUGUUUAUGAUGGUGUCAUUUUUAUGUCAGGAUACAAUACAGCUGUUGCAGUUAUUACAAAUGAAACUGUCAUUAUUACUGUAAUAUUUAGAACUGUAAUAUUAUGCAAGAUUUACUGUGUGGGAAAAAUCACAAAGUGAGAUUAUGCAAAACUUUAGUUAAGAAAAAGUUUAGACUGGCUCAUCUGACUCUAUUACCAGAAAAUACAAUACAAAACUAUUUUUUUUAAUGUAGCACCAUUUCAUUAAUCUGAAACUAAA